AUUAACAGUUCAUCUUGAUUCGAUAGAGAAGUGACCUGAAAGCCUCUAUCUUGAGAUAUUUUCCUAAAGGUACGCAUGAGACCAGGUAAACAGGUAGUUCAGAGCUAAAUGAUUUCCCAGAUAUGGGUACCCAGUCAUUUCAAAACAAUAAAUAAUAAUACCCGUUAUUGAAGUACAAAAGCAAAGACAUGCUAGGAAGCAAAUCAGUAUUCUGAAAAUGCCCAAUCCAAAAACUGCACCUCACCCCUAUCUCGAUGUUUCAAACGCCGGCCGAGGCGUUUGGUUGGUAAAAGUACCCAAGUACAUCGCCCAAAGAUGGGAGAAAACACCAGGCAACAUAAAUGCUAGUAAAUUAAGGAUCGAAAAGUACAAAAGCCAGAAGCCGCAGAUUACCCUAGAUCUCUCAGAUGCGGUUUUGAAGUUGGAAGCGGAUAAAAUACCUAUUUCUCAUAUACUGGAUGUCUCGUCUGUCACAAAUCAAACCCUGGGAACAUUUGUCCACGUGGAAGGAGAUACUCCGGACAAAGGAAACGCAGCCCCACAGUCCGAUAAUCUUAGCAUGGGGGGCCGAUUUGUACAGAAGCUGGAGUGUCGACCGCAAGCGGACGAUUGCUACAUGAAGAUGAAACUGGAAUCAAUCCGAAAAGCUGCCCAGCCGGCCCGGCAAACCAAAACACUCGACAAAAUUGUUAAAAACUUCAAACCGGUGUCGGAUCAUAAGCACAACAUUGAGGAGAAGGCGCGUAGAAAGGCGGAAGGAAAGCACUUUCGCGAGGAUAAGAACAAGAUACUAGAUGUCCUGUUCAAUGCCUUUGAAAAACAUCAAUACUACAACAUCAAGGAUUUGGUUCGGAUUACGCGUCAGCCGAUCACUUACCUCAAGGAGAUCCUGAACGAAGUCUGCGAUUACAACAUGAAGAACCCGCACAAAAAUAUGUGGGAAUUAAAGAGGGAGUAUCGUCACUACAACGACGGAGAGAAGAAAGAGAAUAUCAACGACUGUGAUGAUAGUGACUAG